AUGUUGGAGGUCAGAACGGGAGUUCAAAGAUGGUAUCAUCCUUUCAUUCUCAAAGGGACAAGUGAUGGAGCCUUUGGCCAGCUACAUCCUUGGAAGACAGAUAUGCAUGUAAGGGAUAAAAUCUUGGCACUGCUAGAUUCUUGGCAAGAAGCAUUUGGUGGUCCUCUGGUGGAAAGUAUCCUCAGUACUACUGGGCUUAUGAGGAACUGA